AUGGCGGUUGGCCAGCCUCACGCCUGUGUGAUGGCGGUUAGCCAGCCUCACACCUGCUUGAUGGCGAUUGGCCAGCCUCACGCCUGCUUGAUGGCGGUUGGCCAGCCUCACGCCUGCUUGAUGGCGAUUGGCCAGCCUCACGCCUGCGUGAUGGGUGAGGCCCUGCCUCCAGGCGAGACCCAAGUUACUUCCUAUGUUGCUCAACAAUUUGAGGAUUACACCAGAUCACUCACCACUCAGAGCCAGGGUUUGGAGGAUGCCAGCCUGAGCAAGGAGCCUGCGUUCAGGUGCCCAGGCCUGGCUCAGUCUUGCUGCAUGCAGAUGGGCGGAGAGGACAGGCACCCGACCCAGGGGACACAGGCCGGCAAUGGGGCGCGCAGCCUGGUCACCCGAGUGACUAGGGACAGCGGCUGCUCUGGGGUCUGCGUGGCAGGGGCCAGCGGCCGCCUCAGCCCCUUAGAGCUACGGGUAGGUGGCACCCCCAGUGCUCAGACCCGGCUUCCCUCUGUGCCCUGCGCCUUGGGCAGUGAGGGUGCAGAGGACUCCCACAGGAUUCCCGCGAAACGGCCCAGGGCCCGGUGUGUGCUCAGGAUGCCCCAGGGUCCCCGGAAGGCCGUUCCCAGCAGUACCCCAGGGCAGGGCCCCGGGGGUGCGGAACAGCAGCCGGAGCAUGAGGAGCGAGGCGUCCAAGCAUCAGAGACACAGUGCCCAGGACCCAGCGGCGCCAGCCUCCUACAGGAUCGCCAGUCGAGUCCUGGGUCCCUGGAGGCCCAGGAGGUGCAAGUGGAUGAGGCUGGGCCACACAGGCCGCACCCUGGGGUCAUCCCUGAAGAAAGGGGUACAGAGAGGCCUUGCCCCAGCCCAGCUGCCUCGGGCAAAGAGAAGGAGACCAUCACACCACCAGCAGCCGCCUUGGCUGCCCAGCACGUCCUCUGCCUCUGGAAAGGCCAGCUGUGGCCGGCCAGGGUGCUGUCGAGCCCCGGGCCCUCCCAGGAAGGCGCGGCCAGAGGACCGGCAGACCUGGAGCUGCAGAUCCUGGCUGCCGGGAACAGGGUCACAGUGAGAGACACGGACGUCAAGGCCCUGACCGAGUCCUACACUGAGUCCAUCACCUACUGGCUGAACUCCAAGAGCCAGAGAGGCAUCCCCCACAGGCAGCGAGAGACCCACAGGAGGGCUCUCAGGGAGGCGCUGGACAUCCUGAAGGAGAGAAGGAGGGCCAAAGUGGGGUCCUGA